UAACCGCGUGGUGUCUGAGCGCGACGUAGACGGUAUCCUGCGCCUAACCAUCCGUCACGUGCGGGAGGAGGACGCGGGGUCCUACACUCUGAAGGUCUGGAACGACUACGGCCAGGCCGCCUCCAUGGGCAAGCUCGUCUGUGAAUGUAUAUCGAAGAAGGCCCGUCGGCCCGUUGGCGACGAGUAUCAGGGCUGGGAUAAGAUGAAGCGGACCGGAAUACCGGUCCCGUUACCAGACCGUCCCUUCAUCAGCGCCUUGUCGGACCGACGGGUGACGGUCUCGUGGAACCCGUACAUCGCUCAGGGACCUCAGCCGCCCGUUACGUACCAAGUGGAAAUGUGCGAGAGUCCCGAGGGCGACUGGUUCACGGCCCGUUCUGGCAUCAGGGGCACGGCGGUCGACAUCACCAACCUCGCCCCCAAGAGCGACUACAAGUUCAGGGUCCGCGUGGAGAACAAUCACGGCGUGUCCGAGCCCUCGCCCUACGUCGCCACCUUCAGGGUAACCGACAAGGACGCCGGCGUCUACGAGUGCCACGCUCGCAACGAGCACGGCGAGUCUCGCCAGAGGAUUACCUUCGAGAUCGCCGAGUAUCCGGG